UAGCUAUGAAAAGUAUUUUCGUUUAUCGACCCCCGUCGACCCAUUUUCGCCAAAGUCGCCUCGCGCCCAAAAAAUUCGAUACCACCGUAACCAAGCAACGACUAAACGUUGUCGAUCACCGCUUCCCGGUUAUAAAUCAUAGACCACCAUUAUACAUGUGUAUGUGUAUUGUGUAGUGACUUGCGUGCAUAAAUCUAUAAAAUGACAGAAAACAAGCAACUAAGCAUGGCCGCGAGCUGCAUCGCGCUCCGCGGCGUGAAGAUCUUCCUGAACGCAGGCCGAGCCGCGGCGGCUAGGAAGGCUGCUUCACCUCCAGCAGUGAGACGCAAGCCUAAACCACCUGUACCCGGACCUAAGCCACCACAGAAAGUUUUCGAUGCUCUGCUUAAGAGCACUAAGCUUAACAAGUACGAGUUAGAAGCGCUGUACACGAUGUAUCGAAACUUAGUAACAGCCGCGCAGUCGGCAGCCCCAGGCGGCAUUGGCCAGCCAGCUCCCAAGACCGACGGCAUAGACCAGAGCACCUUCCGCGACGUAAUGCACAAUACUUUCGACCUAGUCACCGAAGAAGCCAUCUUGGAGAGAAUCUGGGUGACUUGGGAGCGCCCUUCAGGAGGCGAAGGUGCUAUAAAAUUUGAAGCCUGGGCUAAAGGCUUAAGCCGACUGCUAAGGGGGACUGAGGACGAGAGAAGAAUGCACUGCUUCGCGGUUUAUGAUCUUAAUGGGGACGGAUGGAUUACGAAGGACGAGAUGUUUUUACUGUUGAAGAAUUCACUCUUGAAGCAGCCAGGGGAUGAAGACCCGGACGAGGGAGUGAGAGACCUGGUGGAGCUGGUUCUUAAGAAACUGGACGUGGACAGAGACGGCAGGGUGUCAUUCGAGGAUUACAAACAAGCUGUGGAACAAGAGCCCCUUCUGCUAGAAGCCUUCGGCCAGUGCCUGCCUUCCAAGCGACAUUCCGCUGCCUUUCUUAAAACACUAGUCACUAAGUAAAACAAUAAUA